AAGAGAACAAAAAAAAAAAACAAAAGGGGUCCAAAGAAAAGAAAAGAAGGGAAUCCCAUAAAAGUAAAUCAUUCACCGGAGUUUCCUGCCGUUUCUUCCCGAUUCUCAGAUUUUUCCUGGGGAAAUCAAAAUCGGAAAGAGAGGGGAAGGUAUGGCUCCUCCUCAUGGAGAUGGAUCAAGUGACAUGGGCAUACCUCUGCCUGCUCAAUCGGAUUCUACUCGACCCAUUUCCACGGUCGUCUUCGUCAUCGCUAUGCAAGCGGAGGCUCUACCUUUGGUCAACAAGUUCGGACUCUCUGAAGCUACUGAUUCUCCGCUUGGUAAAGGGUUGCCCUGGGUUCUGUAUCACGGCGUGCAUAAUGAUCUUCGAAUCAAUGUAGUUUGCCCCGGAAGAGAUGCAGCCUUAGGGAUUGAUAGUGUCGGAACUGUUCCUGCUUCUCUCAUUACUUUUGCUUCUAUCCAAGCAUUACAACCUGACAUCAUUGUCAAUGCCGGAACCUGCGGUGGCUUCAAGGUUAAAGGAGCCAACAUUGGUGAUGUAUUCCUGGUUUCUGAUGUUGUCUUCCAUGAUAGAAGAAUACCUAUCCCGAUGUUUGAUCUGUAUGGAGUUGGCCUUCGUCAGGCAUUCUCCACACCCAAUCUCCUCAAGGAACUCAGUAUGAAGAUUGGCAGGUUAUCUACUGGUGACUCGUUGGAUAUGUCCACGCAAGAUGAAUCACUGAUCAUUGCCAAUGAUGCUACGCUAAAAGACAUGGAGGGUGCUGCUGUAGCAUACGUAGCUGAUCUUCUCAAAGUACCAGUCAUAUUCCUCAAAGCUGUUACUGAUCUAGUGGACGGAGAUAAACCUACGGCAGAAGAGUUCUUGCUGAACUUGUCAGUUGUGACCGCUGCACUAGAAGAAACUGCCACUAGAGUGAUUAACUUCAUCAACGGGAAAAACCUUUCAGACCUUUAACUUUUUGUUUUUUCCUUUUGUCAACCGUCAUUUUUUGUUUGAAAUGCAUUAUGCGUCCUAUGUUGCAGUUUUACUGAUUCCUGGUGAUUAUAUUACUCGAUAAUACACUUCAAAUUUUAAGA